AUGCUUACUGCUCCUUUUGAUGCGUUGUCUGCUAGUUUCUACGACCAACUUGUGCCUUUUGUCUUUGGAUCAAUUGGACAAGAGUUGGAGCUAGAUCUUGAUGACAAGUCUUCAGUAGGUCUGAGUCAUAAUAAUGUUCUUCCAUCUCAUCAAUACCGUGUGAAUGUGAAGAAGAUAUCCAAGAACAAUUGGAUUUUGUCAUUUGGGUUAGCCUUUAAACAAAUGACAAGAUGA